CUCUCUCAUGGCAACUGCGCUGACGAGUCGCAGCUGAAGUCAAUCAAUGUCAAUGUGAACGGUUGUUGCUGCUCUAUCGGUGCUUCUGUUCUGAUGCAUGCCUCGACUUGAAGAGGAUUAUGACGAGGAAAGCGAGUCUCGGACAGCUUUUGUUGGACUGAGAGGUAAUCGCUCGCGUUCUCAAGGUCAAGUCUGUCAUUCUUUACCUGAGUCUCAGAAAGAGUCUCGGCUUUCCUACGACUCUACUGGCAUGGGCAAUGCUGCCUCGCUUCCAGUUGAAUCUUCUGAUCCUUCCAAUCACGAACAGGCCCCUUCUCACCCUCACAAUCCUCCCUUACAACAAGCGACCAUGGAUCCUUCGACAGGGUUCGGCAAGAACCGUCUUGCAACAGGUUUCAGAGGGCCAUCAAGUUUGGUAACCGAAGAACUGCUGGACAACAAUGGCGAUAACUCGACGGCCGCUGCUAGUCCCGGCGGCUCUGCCGAUGACGCUAUCGAAAUAUCCAGUGACGAAGAAUCAGAAGAUGGUGGAAUGGUCAUUAAUGUUGAUCAUUCAACACAACAUGGUCUCCAGAAAGAGAUGGGAGUUCAUGAGAGUGAUCACACCUCUGGGUUCCAAAAUACAACCACCGAGUCAUCUGCAAGACCCAAGAAUACGGAGUUGCCCUCAACUUCCAUAGACGAGGAUGUGGACAUGCAGUUACAAGCUGAGAAUAUGCAGUAUGCGAGGUCGCAUGCCAAUGGCGUUUUAGCGGAUGCUGCUCUUUCCCCACAACCAGGCCUACGCUUGAGAGAUUUGCCUCCAGAACAGUUGCAGCUUCAGCUCAAGUAUGCUCUAUUCGAUGUGCAUCCGGAACAAGUCGAUCUGGAUCGGCCUGUCGUCUGUCUCACCUGCUUGUCAGAAGGGCAUGUGGAAGAGGCCUGUCCCGAGAGGAUAUGUGUGCAUUGUUCAGCUGUCGACCAGCAUACUAGUCGGACAUGCCCUCGAAUUGGUCGAUGCUCAAGAUGUCGUGAACCGGGACACGGUGCCGAGUCAUGUACUGCGGGCAUAAAAGUCACAACCGUUCCGUGCGAUCUUUGUGGUGCUUUCAACCACGUUGAAGCAUCAUGCCCUCGGAGGUUCUUCCUCUCAGAUGCGCUGUCCUGCGGCGGGACCCUCAAGUUGUGGAUUUCUUGCUGUAGAUGUGCCAGCAAGUCACAUCUGGUUGGUGACUGUCCGGACGCAAAGUCAGUCACAGCAACUCGGUGGUCGUUGAAGCCCCUUGCUCCUGGGCAGGUAGUCAAUUUGAGUCUCGAGAGUGGUACAGCGCACCUUGAACUGGAAGCCGCCAACCGUGGGCUGCGUCCCGCGGGCAUGAAGAUCAAGGGUCGUGCUGGCCUCCACACUGCCGGUGUGCGUGCUUCGGUUCAAGGAUCCGACGAUGACAUCGAUGAGCCUUUCCUUGGCCCCCGAAUUGGAAACAAAUCAAAGGCAGAUCGAGCUGAGUUUACAUUCCGGCAUCCACAGCGGCCGCCGGAACCACAAUCCAUGCAGCAACGUGGUGGUCAGUACGACCGCUACAACCCGCCAUUGGACAAUCACGCUUAUCAGAGUCGUCCCGCCAAUAAUUGGUAUGCCACCGAUUCCUUUGGUGGUCGUCGAUCGAGAUCUCCGCCAUCAUUCGGUCGACGAGGAGCAGAGGACCCUAGGAGACGCUCGCGGUCCCCUCGCGGUUUCGACGGCUACCGCAGUGAUCGCAGACGGUCGUCUCAUAAUUCUCAUGAAAGUGGUCGCCCUACACCUCCCCACACAUCUAAUGUCCCUGCCGGUCAUCGAGGAGGCGCUGCAACCGAUUCGCCCCAUCAAGGGCUUUCCAUUCAACUACCACUUAGACGAGGAUCGAACAACAUGUCAUCUCAGCAGCAGGCAGCAAAUCCAGCUCGAUCUCUCUCCCAGCCGGGCGUCCCACCAGCAAAUGCAAAACAAGCUAAAUCCAAGAAGAAGAGGUCCAAAAAGGGAAAGGCGAAUGCUAACAAAUCGCAAGCGUGAGCCUCGAACUUGUUGGACUUUCUUUUUGCAUUGAUCAAGCUAACAAGGCAUUCGUAGCGACGGGUAUAUCAGUGAUGACGACUCUGGCUGUACAACCCCAGAGCACAACAUAGCAGAGAAAGAGAAUAUUGUUCUCCUUCCCAAAAGUCUCCGAAAGCUGCCUCCCAUCGAGGUUCUGGAGAAGUACGUCAAAAUCCUUAAUGCUCAACGAGAACUCCGGAACGAAUGCCAACUCGGACUAGAAUCUAGGGGUGAAGACCAUUAUUUCUGCACAGCACCUAACACAAACUUGGUGGAAAUUACGAGACAGCAAAGAGUCGUCAUUUGGCAAUGGCUGGAAGCUGUCCAGUCGUUGGCUGGCGCAGCCAAACAGACGCUCCACACAUUUCUCCAGCUUCAAGGCGCUCCUGCUUUCGACCUUGUAUAUCUUGAUGAGACAAUGGUACAUCGUCUUAAAGAUUCGAGUGGCUGGAAGCGCAAUAGGAAGGAAACAGCUCUGCACCAGCUCCGAGACCAUGCUCCGAUGCCUCCGGUUGUCGAGCAUCUUCAGAUCAGUCCCGAUCCGGAGGCAGUCGCAGGCAAGGACCAUGUGAACCGUGGUAGUGCAAGCCACCAGACAACCUCUCAACUCAGCGGAAAGUUCACAUUCCAGUUGCCUAUGGCUCCUGACGAUGUAAUGCAACUAUACCUUAAGAAGGUUAGCAUGCAACGCGACAAGUCAGGGCAAGCCCCGAUUGUUCUGGGUAUGAACGAAGAUGGAAGGCGUUUAUUUAUCGAUCUCUCCGGUCCCGAUAUGAGAAAACUGGUAGACCAGGUUGACCUGCAAGCAGUAUGGCGCUGGUCCGAUGCAUUCUUCUCGAGGUUUUCCAGAUCAUCACGUCCAGCUGAUAAAACGACUCGCUGGGCUUAUGAGCUGUACAAGGGCCAACUCGCACGAUUUCCAGUGAUCCAAGACUUCUUGCGGGGCUUGUAGGAGCAUGAUCAACGUGAGCUUCGUGCGCGGUGAAGUGGAUGGAAGAGAAGCAUUAACGGACCUGUGGGAAUCGAUAACACUGUCCUUUUGUGACUGGUGCGAGCUUUCCAACGAGAAAAAUCAGACGUCGAUCCGAAGCUCGCCAGUGCUGAUAUUGUUCACAGAGGAUCUGAACUAUGAAAAUGUAUGAUUAGAUAGCACGGGCUUGUGUCGUUGGUGCUCAUUAUCGGUGAUGUUUGUACAUGGCCAACAAGAUCAUGUAUGACUAAGACCAUUCCAGAAUCAUGCAAUGUGAAGCGUCUUCGUAAUGAUCAGUGGCUGUUAUUCCUUGCUGAAUAGCAGAGAAGCAGGUAGUCAAAGAUACUCGGUAACAUGCCACAGUAAUAGAUAUUCAAUCUGCAG